GUGGCUGUGUGGCUGCAGACAGUUUUAGUUUUGUUGUUAGGUUGAUUCGUUGUGAAGUUAGCUGUGUGGAUCCUGCAGAUGCCUUCCAGUCGCCUAUAGUUGACUUUCGACCUGCACGAAUAUAUUGCACCCCUGCCAGAUGACUGGCGAUGCUUUCGACGUCGCGCGAUAGCACCGGAACCAUGGUCUGAUCGUCCGGACGGAGUCCGUGUUUACGUUGAUGGUGACGCUGAGCGCACGGACUACGGGCAUUGCAAUUUCGCCAGUGAUGUAGAGCUGUGAUCUGUACCGUAGCCAUGGCAUCGCAGAAUAAUCCCGAAGUCAAAAGCUGGUCGAAUCCCGCCAGUGGCGGCACGAGCAACAACGUGAGCCAAUCUGCAUUAGUUCUUCCGUGGGGUGCUCGCAAGGAGCGACAGCCAUUUCCCCCGGGAAUACACUUUGAUACUGAUGUCAAACCCGGCGAAUUUGUGUUGCGCGUGCUCUUUGCAGAGUUUACACUGCAAGCGGAGAAAAAAAUUCGCACUGUGCUCGCUGAGCCACUGGAGCGACCAGUUUCUAAGUCAUUGCAACGGGGCGAGGAUGCUGUGUUCGAUCAGCUGCUGUCCGCGUUCGGUUCAGUGGCCGAGCACUGCCUGCCAUCGUUACUGCGCACCCUCUUUGCAUGGUAUGACCGGCAAACGGUAGAGACCGUCGACAUGCAGAGGCCGCGCGCGGACUCGCGGGCCAAGAGUGAGUCUGAACCCCGCAGUGACCGUGACUACUUGCACGAACGCAGGGAUCUUGCGAUUGAGUUCAUCUUCUGCCUGGUGCUCAUCGAAGUGCUCAAGCAGCUGGCACUACACCCGGGGCACGAAGAUCUGGUCGGCCACAUCGAAUCACUGGCCUUCAAGCACUUUCGCUACCGCGAAAGUUCCCAGACAGGCCCAAACGCCCAGAAUUUCAACAUUGUAGCAGACUUGUACGCCGAAGUAGUGGCUGUGCUGGCGCAGUCGCGAUUCCAAUCGGUGCGCAAACAUUUCAUGGCCGAGCUGAAGGAGCUUCGUGCCAAGGAGCCAAGUCCUCACACAACACAGAGCAUCAUUAGCUUACUAAUGGGCAUGAAAUUCUUCCGCGUAAAGAUGGCACCAAUAGAGGAGUUUGAAGCUUCAUUCCAGUUCAUGCAAGAAUGUGCCAGUUACUUCCUCGAGGCCAAGGACAAGGAUGUCAAACAUGCCCUUGCUGGCCUUUUUGUCGAAAUUCUUGUUCCUGUCGCUGCGACUGUCAAGACGGAAGUUAAUGUACCAUGUCUGAAAAACUUUGUAGAAAUGUUGUACUCGCAAACCCUUGACCUGUGCACCAAGAAAAAGCACAGCCUGGCAUUGUUUCCACUGGUCACCUGUUUGCUUUGUGUGAGCCAAAAACUAUUUUUCCUUCAGAAUUGGCACUGCUUUCUUGCAAUGUGUCUCUCUCACCUGAAGCAUCGGGAUCCAAAAAUGUGUCGUGUGGCACUAGAGUCACUGUACCGACUGCUUUGGGUAUACAUGAUUCGUGUAAAGUGCGAAAGCAACACGGCUACACAGACUAGGCUUCAGAGCAUUGUUAACUCACUUUUCCCCAAGGGAUCCAAAGCAGUUGUACCACGGGACACCCCACUGAACAUUUUUGUCAAGAUCAUUCAGUUCAUAGCACAGGAGCGCCUUGACUUUGCCAUGAAGGAAAUUGUUUUUGACCUACUGUCUGUUGGCAGGCCAAUCAAGAUAAUUCUUACCCCUGAGAGAAUGAGCAUUGGAUUGCGGGCUUUCCUCGUGGUUGCUGACAGCCUGCAACAAAAAGAGGGCUGUCCACCAAUGCCUCGAACUGUUGGUGUUCUUCCAUCGGGAAACACCCUCAGAGUCAAAAAGACCUUUAUUAACAAAGUGCUCACAGAGGACACUGCCAAGAGUAUUGGCAUGUCUCAGUACUACUACUACGUUCGAAAGGCUUUUGAUGACAUCCUCAAAGCACUUGACGUCCAGUUUGGUAGACCUCUAAUGAUGACUACAACACAAAAUGCCAACAAGGAACCAGAUGACAUGAUAACAGGGGAGCGAAAACCCAAGAUUGACCUUUUUCGCACCUGUGUUGCUGCAGUGCCGCGGCUCAUUCCUGAUGGAAUGCGAAGGCAAGAGCUAGUGGAGAUGCUGUCAAGGUUGACAGUUCACAUGGAUGAGGAACUGCGUGGUUUGGCAUUUCAGGCACUGCAGAACAUGGUGUUGGACUUUCCAGAAUGGAGAGAGGAUGUCAUUCAAGGUUUCAUCCAGUUUAUUCUUCAGGAAGUCAAUGACACAUUUCCACAACUGCUGGACAAUGCCUUGCGUGUGCUGUUACAGUUCUUAACCACAUGGAAGAAUGCUCUGAAUGGAUGUGGCGUCAAGAAAGAGGUGCCGGAGAUACGAAUCGAACAGAUGACAAGUGCCUUGCAUCUUGUUGAGGGUGUGGCUUUGGUAAUGCUCUGCAACUGUAGGUUGUCUACACGACGUCUUGCAGCUCACAUCCUCAAGGAGACCAAGGUUGUAAUGAAACUGCAGCUGCCACCACGUGCAGAAGAGCCCGUUGUGGAUGUCAUUGACCGAGCUUGCCCAGUUGCCAUCGAAAAGUGUCUGCCCUACCUUCCAGCUUCAGAGAAGUCGGCAGUCCUGUCUGCACCGGUCGUGGAUCUACAGUGGCUGGCCGAGCGAUCCAGCUCCGCCUGGACUACAGGCAGCCCCGAAGGCAGUACAGAAAGCUCCAACAGAAGUCCCUUGGAUGUUCUAGAUUUGUCUUGCAUGGAUGCCUGGUGUGCAUGCCUCAUGAGUUUCAUCCACCAGGACUAUGUUCUGAAGCAUUGUCCUACAGCUGUGACACAGUCAUGGCCGAUUGUGACCUCUCGGAUCACUUGCCUCUUCACUCACAUCGAACUCAAUCCAGUAAAUGACAACCGAGCUUCACUUCUUCGUACUGCAACUGUCAAAAAGGCACCCACAGAAAGGGAUGUGUAUCUCAGCCUGUGGAGAAACUACCUUCUUUAUGCCUGCCGUGUUGCACCUUCCAACAGCAACAUCACCGUUCGCUAUCUAUCGCCUGACCUGAGCUUCAGCUCUUCCCCCGAGAACAUGUCUUCUGACCGGGCUGAACAUAGGUUUACAGGCAUCAGCAACAGUGGAAUAAGUGCUACUACAUUGUUCAAGCAGAUUGUGCCCCUUUUAAGGAGUGAACAAAUGGAUCUGAGAGGAGCUGUUGUCCUCGGGUUGUCGCAUGUCAACAGUCUUGCGCUCAAGGACUUGAUGGAAGAACUGGUUGGCUACAUCCGAGAAGCUAUUGACAGAAAGCAGGAGAAUGUACGUCGCAGGAGACGACGUGACAUACUUCGCCUCCAGCUUACACGACUGAUGGAAUCUGUUGCCGAGCAUGGUACCUUCGGUGUGAGUUCCUGCAUUCUGGAUCGUGAUGCUGGCACACUCAACACGUCUUUUGUUGAGUACAUCGACGGGGCACGACUCUUUCUUGAAAGUGAGAAUGACAAGGACGUGCCCGAAAUUGUGCAGGAGAUAAAGCUUCACUUCUGCAACUUCGUCCAUAAACUCAUCAAGAGCUUUUCUUUGGAGAAUCACACUCACCUCCUCGGCCAUGAUCUGAGGCGCAACCUUUUCUAUCUCUUCGCCACAUGGAGCGGAAAUCUCGGCGUGCCCUUUGGCGUUGUGGAGAAGCGAAAUUCGGCUGACGAGAGCCUCACAGAAUUGGAAUUCUCAGCACUCCAGGCAAUGUCCUCUGUUCUCUGCUGUGGACCGUGCAUGGACCCGCCUGGCCUGAAUGAAGAGAGCGUCAUCUACCACUGGUUGGACAGCCUGCUUAGGUCCAAUGAUGAAAGGUUGUACCACCUGGCCCAAGAGACGGUUGUCCUGUUGUUGGACUUCAAUCAAGACGCGGGCAUGCUGUUGGACUGGCUCGUGGACCGCUGCUACACUGGGGAGCCUCAGCUGGCAGACGGGUGUUUCACAGCACUUGCAACAGUGUUUAGUGUGCGUGAAUACCCGUGCGACCACUACAUGGCCAUCAUCUGUGUCACACUUCUGAAUGCUGGUUGUCCGAGGGCAAACAUUCAGGAGAUGGCGCUACAGCUGCUGCACAUUCUCGACCAUCGCUUCUUCCACUCCAAGUCAGCCCUCACCAUAGAGGAAGACCUACAGGACAGCAUACAACUGCGUCAUCGUUCCCUCUCUGGUGACGGUCUCAUCAUAGCUGGCUACCCUUGCUCCCAGGAAGAGCUGUGCCGUCAGAUGGCUCAGGUUCACCCUGAGCUGACCAUGCGGCUCUUCUCGGAGGUGACAGGACGGUUCCAGACAGCACGGCCAGAAGUGCGCCAGAAUUUGCUUCGGUGCCUGCUGCCCUGGCUGGGAAACAUGCACCUCGUUGAUCCACACUUGACCCCUGGCCAUCCUCAGGAGCUUGAGGCUUUAGCACCAGGUGAACGUCGAGAGGGCUGGGGAUCAGCUGAAGCCACAGAAAUGGUGCUGAACAACUUGUUCUACUUGACAGCAAAGUUUGGGGACCAGCAUCCCAAGGAGACAGAAGAACUGUGGGCCCUGCUGUGUCGCAGUGGGGCCUCCAAUCUGCGAGUGGUGGUGCGUUACCUGCUGAUUGUGGCGGGGUUAGCCCCCGGGGAGCUGCUCCCAUCAGCCAAGCGCGUGGCAUUACACAUGGGGCGUGCCUGCCCUGAUCGACUGCUGGAUGCCCUCCUUGCCGAGAUGCAGCUGGCUGAGACGCUGGGUUUCUCAGUCGAGCGAACCGAGACACCGCCAUUCUUCCGUCUCACCAGUGCCCGCAAGGGCAGCAGCAGCCACUCAGAUGACGGCAACCAGGCUCCAGAUGUUGCCCAGGAACGUGGCACACUGCACACCAAGCGACGCAGCACAGAGGACGGGUCAAACGAGUGUCGAGGUGGUUCUCUGAGGAGCAACUCUAGUGACCGGUCGCGACAAGACCGCUCAAUGUUGCUGUGUGCUGACGAACCCAGGCAGGAGUCCCAGCCAGAUGAAGAGCCAGAAGCACUGGACAACUUUGCCUUGCUGCGUCGGGCGGCUGAAUCAGAAGCAAAGCCAGAGACACCUCAGCCACAUCCCUUGCCCAUGCCGGAAUACGGUGGCUAUUAUGCACCACUGUCCGAGUUUCUUCCCGAAAGCUCUCUGCCUGUGGUAGGCUUUCACAGGUGUAACUUGGCGGUCAUGCUGCUCACGGAUGUUGUGGUCAGUGGCGUACCUCUGGAUUGGGGGCCUCACCUGCCUAUGCUGCUCCAUGUGCUCUUCCUCGGGCUCGACCACGCUCGACCACUUGUGCACGAACACUGCACUCGCCUCUUGCUCAACUUGCUUGUCGUUGUGGCUCAGCACAGGGACCACCUGGGGAUUGCACGCAUCCUUCUCGACAACCGUGUUCGCCAGCUGGGUUAUGGCAUACAUUCCCAGCCACGUGUGCUGUCCACCACCAACUUUACGGAGCCAGUGUCAAUGAUUGAUGCCAUGUCUGCUCACCCUACACCAGCAGCUGCAGCCACCUUGGUUCAUGACCAGUUGUCAACUAGCCAGUGCAACACAGCUACCUCAUCGUCAACAGCAACAACUAUGACAACGACGAUAACCACAGGAUGCCAAACCAAUGCUCAGUCUAGCAGCAACCAGCCUAACUCGGAGUCCACUGUGCGAAUCAAGCUGGGAGGCACAGACCUAGAACAAGAUCUUUGUUGUUUACGGCCCAUUGAAGCAACAAUCAAGGCCCUAAUCGACUUCCUUGCUUCUAAGAAAGACUCACCCCUAUGGGCUUAUGAAGAUAUCACAGCCAAAGUGUGGACCGUGAAAAGUGCGGAGCAGCUGAGCACAUUUGUUCAUCAUGUGGUGACCGUGUUCAAGGACUCGCUUCCGCAGGCUCACAUAGAGCAGCGGUGGGCACAAGUUGCCCUGCAGCUGGCACUUUCGUGCUCGUCACGUCAUUAUGCAGGACGUUCGCUGCAGAUCUUUCGUGCAUUGCGGGUGCCAAUAACGACUCGCAUGCUGGUUGACAUCUUGUCGCGGCUUGUUGAAACUGUCGCCGAACAGGGAGAAGACAUGCAGGGCUAUGUAACAGAGCUAAUGCUCACCCUUGAGGAAGGUGUUGACUCUCUGGACACAAACCUCAGAAUUGAUGAUCUGAUGCGAGAGAUAUUUCAGUCAGCACCAAAUAUUGCUGGUAAAGAUAACCGAAGGAGUGCUCCUCCACCCUUGGACUCUCCAGUUGGAACCCCGUUUGUUUCUCACAUACGCAGUACUUCGUACUCAGUCUCCUACUCUGGAAAAAAGCUGCCCGAAAGUCCAACAUCUGACUGCCGUGAGUCCAGGUCACGUGCAUACACAGACGACGAGGCAAGGUUGCGGGGCAACAGCCUGGGACGUUCUCGCAGCGCUCUCUCACUGAAGAUGGCUGAUGAACAGUACACCCAAGAAGAUAAAAUGACCUUGUUGGCACAGUUCUUUUGGAUCGCUGUGUCCCUUCUCGAUUCUGACUAUGAGCAUGAGUUCCUACUUGCCCUGCGCUUGUUGGACAAGGUGCUCAGCAAGCAGCCGCUAGAGAACACAGACUUCCUGGAGAAAGUGGAUAAAAUCCAGCACCAGAUGAAGUGGCCUGGCUUUCCUGGACUGCAUGCUCUGCUGCUUAAGGGUUGCACCAGUCCAGCUGCAUUUGACCAGACCAUCAGCAUCCUUUGCCAGCUGACCCAUCACCUAGACGUGCCAGUUGUGGACCCUACAGAAUCGCUGGCUUUCCCAUUUCACGUAAUGGCACUGCUGCCGUACCUACUCUUGAACUUCGAUGACCCUGCUCCAUUGUGCGUCCGUGCUGCAAGGGCCAUUGCCCAGGUGUGCAUGGAGCGAUCGCAAAAGCUGGAAAACCUUGCCACAGUAAUGACUCUCUACAGCCAGCACUCAUUCAGCAAAGAGAACCUGCAGUGGACCAAGUGUGUGGUCAAGUACCUCUAUGAUGCCUACUCUCAUGUAUUCAUUGGCAUCGUCUCUUUCCUCGUUGAGACAGUGGAAAAAGGACCUCCCUCGUUAAUGCAGCAUAUGCUCAAUGUCCUUUACUGUAUUCUCCUCUACAUGGACAUCCAAAGUGCGGCACAGACAAUCAAUGCUGACCUGCUGCGAGCCAUUGCUCGCCACGUGGAGGGCUCUCACUGGAAGGACGUGUUAAAGAUCUUGAAGCAUGUUGUGGCCCGGUCAUCGAGCUUGGCUGCACCACCUUCGUCAGUUCCUGCGUCCCUUUCGGGUGUAACCACAGCUGAUUGCAUUAGUAUUGCCUCCAGCACUUCAUUUGCGGAAUCCGAGUUUUCUGCCAAACGAGAGCUGCCCGGACGGACCAUUGAUUUUACGUUUGACCUCUCCAUAACUCCCGUCGUAGGCCUAAACCCAGACACCAAAGAGGAGACUAAUGAGACCAAAGAAGAGAAGAGCUCCCCAAGGCGUAGCUUGUCGCAUAAUCAUUCUUUCAGUGAAAAUGGCUCUCUCGGUGGCUGGAGGCGCCCUUGGCUGUCACAGGGACGAACUCGUGAGCAUCUCAUCAGCCUGUUAACGGCCUGUGGCCAACGUGUUGGGCUUCCUAAAAGUCCCUCGGUCAUUUUCAGCCAGACUAGCGAUGUCGCCGAGCGCCAGUCCUCCAUGUGCAGCAGCACGGAGGAGGUGUCUGCCACCAACAACGAUGUCUCAGCUGACAGCAAGCUGGACGAUGGCACACACAGUGACCAGCAGUUUGGCAUCUUCAAGGACUUUGAUUUCCUUGAGUACGAGCUGGAAAGUCAGGAAGGCGAGAGCAUGGACAACUUCAACUGGGGAGUACGGCGCCGGUCGCCCCCCAAUUUUGAGGUGCAGUGCACGGGUGUGGUCCAGCCCUCUGGAUCCGACUCGAGCAUCACUGUGCGCUACAGUGUCACGACACCCAGGAGGGAAGAGUCCUCUGAUGAUGAUGCUGGCAGUGUUUCACCCCUUUACGAUCACUCGGAGCUGCCAAGUUGCACAAGCAGCCUUGUCUUCCCUGCAAUUUCAUUACCUCUUAAAGGCAGCUUUCGGAGACCUGGAAGCCCUGUGUCAGUAUCAUCGCAGAGCUUUGUCAGUGAUGGUGACCUCACCCUUAGCAAUACUUCGCCGAGCUUUUCUCCACUUACUGCGACUGCACCGCCACUUGAUGAUGCGGAAGAUGCUUGGAGAGCGAGCCUACACCGCCUGAUGGCUGCCUCCCCAGAGGACACCAGUUCCAUCUACCAGACGCUGGGGCGCCUGCUGCGGGAGUCAUUCCGCAAAGUCUCCCGCAUGACACGAGAGUCCUGCCAGCUACUGUCCGGCACCGACUGCCUCCGCCGUGUGACUGCCCUGUUUCUCAACAUGCUUGAUGUGCUGGCCACUCAAGCGGAACUGCCCUUCGUCUAUGUAGACCCCCAAGUGACUUCUAUAUGCCGCGGAGGAGCAGUGACAGAGCGUCUGCGAUGCCUGGUGCUGGAGGAGCAGGAGCACUGGGAGACGUUCUUGGAGAAGCGGGAGCAUCUGGCAGAGGCAGCAGAUGCCGUGCGUUCGGGUGCCAAGCUGGAGGCCCUCGGUGAAUCCCUCUCCCAGGAACUCCUCCUGGAGCAGCGCCUUGACCUGUGCCGUGCACUCUACCGGCUACACUUUCAGGUCCUGCUGCUGCUAGAGGGCUACCGGCGCCUGCUAGAGCAACUUGGCUGGGCUGCACCACAGUGGCAGCUAGCCGACCUGUCCCAAGAGCUGACGGCCGUGCGCAGCGAGGUGCUGCGUUCUAUUGAGGACACUGAGAGUGAACGGCUUUCGCCACCGCCUCCUCAGGGUGCUGAAUCUGCCGACCCCGAGGACACCCUGGCGGCACUGCUCAACGAGCGACGGUGGGCCGAAGUGGCCAGGCACUUGCACGGACAACACAGCCCUGGAGAGGAGGAAGACCUAGAGGCCGUGCUUGCCGCCUACUGCCAGCAUCUUAGCCAGCAGCGAGCAGGCAUGCCGCCAUUUUUUGCCAUGACUCACCCCGAUCCAGACUUGGCGGUGGUUGGACAGCGGCUGCGGGAACUCAGUUUGCAGCUGUCCUCUGCACUGCAUGCCUUGGAUAUUGGUGCUGUGGCAGGCGCCAUGGUCACAUCGCCAGACCACACCUGCAUUUUUGACUCAUCGCUGUUCCGCAAGUCAGACUGCUGAAGACUUCAGCCCCAGUGCGACGUAUAGAUCAACACUGCUUUGGCCUGUCUGCACUGCCACCCUAAGGUUUUCGACCUUUUGGCAGGAGCACGUUGGGACUGUUGCAUGCAGUGGUGCCAAAAUGGUGCACUAGUGCUUUGCCGAAUGCAUGUGCCUGUCUUGCUCUUUGCAAACUGGCUCUCAACACUGAGCAUUAAUAAUGUACACAGGUUCCAUAGUUUUUCUUUAAAUCUAGUCAGCUGCGCCAGAUAUCUACCACCAGGCUUGUCUGUCUUCCUUUGGAUUUUGGAGGUUGCUUAAUUUUAUGUCGAUUCUCACUUUUCUCGGAUUUUUUUCUAAUCUGUGUCCAAGGCAGUUCUGGCAUCUUAUAAUACGUCCAUUUCUGUUGGCAGAUCCUGUUGCAGUAUUUAGUACUCUAAAAAGAGGCCCACUUGCAUUGCCAUCAUAGAAAGAAAUCUGUGCUCACGAACAAACAAGACAACACAUAUAUUGACAUUUUGGCACUUCUACAGCCACAUUCUUCAGAAGGGAGGAGACAUACAGGAGCCACGACAACAUGCGAUAGGUGUGAUGAAAUGUGUGCAGAUAUCUCUCGGACGAUUUUUGUUGAACAUAUAGCUACAUUUACAUUUCUACUACUACAGUGAAAUCUCGAUCAUUUGAAAUCUCUUAAUUCGAAUUGACAGAUAACUCGAACCGAUCUGUCGGUCUCGGUCAAGUCCUAUAGAGAAAAAGUCCCGCGAAUUCAAACUCCAGAAACCAUGCAACGGUUAUAUAGAACAAAAUCAUACACUGCCAUGCGAGACAAACUCGAGCCAAAGGUGAAGUUUAGAUGCUUCAUCAUCUACCUUAAUGUCAGUAAAAAUUAGGAAGAAAGACACAUGGGAAGCCGAGCCCAACCGGAGCAAGCCAAGCAGCAUGUGCCCUCCUUUUGCAUCCGGCUUAAGAGGAGCAAGAAGGGGUUUCAGCUUGCGCUUGUUCACAUUACCAUGCGCUUGAUCAUGUCAUCUCCAACAUUGGGUACUCUGGAGUAUGGCGUGCAUCAAAACACCAUCUUUCUGGUUUCACCCUCGCACGGUUUUCCUCACACCCACACCAAACGGCACACAAUGUGCAAUCUUAUUGCAGUAGGACUUUAUAUGGAACCUAGGCUUCUUCAAGCACAUGUCGUGUACGGAUUGUGGAAAGAUUCGAACUUUUUCAUUGUGAGUCCAGUGACGAUUUUGGUAUUGUACACUGUACUGCAGAAUUGAUCAGGCACUAUAUUUAAAGGGGCUCUCCUUAGUUCGAACUGCGUUUCAUUCGAAUAAACUUCCGGUCCUCUCCAAGUUCAAAUUAACAAGCUUCUACUGUAUCUUAAAUUUGCGGUUUGUGGGUUUCAUAGAACUCUCAGAGUUCACCUGCAGCUGCACAGUAUAAUUCUUUCCACUGUCAGCUUUCCUUUGCCCAUCUUCUACAGGUGUACUUUGCAGUUGAGGAAAACUGUUGCUUUGAUUACUGCGCUAAUCGUGUAUUAGGCUUGAAUUCUAAGCAGACACUCGUGUUAAAAAAAAAAAAAGAGAAGCACAUAUUUUUGUUAUCAGAAAGAUUAGUCAUUAAAACAUGUGCAUUACCUAUCUUACUUGCGUUACACGAUCACGCGUCUUCCCCAUCAACACAACUUGUACGUUUCUUGCUUACCAGUUCCUAACAUUUUCUUUUGUCAGAGAAUGCAGUAAGUUCCUAGUACACAAAAGCAUUUAUGCUGUCAAGCAAAAUGAAGGCUUUCGUCUUGCAAUAGCUACAGAAAUGGCUCAUAUUAGUUAUUGUGCAAUCACUGGCUUUGCGAGGGGCAAAGUGAUUUCCUGAGUGACACAUGGUCCACUGUCCCCGCUCCAUCUAUAUGCUGUCGAACUCCGAUACGAACACGGCAUGGGUCAACGAAUUAUAGGGUAAAACAAAGUAAAUCUAAAAUGUGUUUUGCCAAUAUCAAUGUGUAAAAAAUACAGUUGACUUCUGUUAAUUCAACCCUGACGGGACUGAAGAAGUUGAUCAAAUUAUCCAGCAGGUCGAAUUAAACAAGAUUCAGAAAAAAAAACACACACCAAAACAUACUGCCGAUUCAUUUGGUAGCAUUUUCCCAUUUCUAAAAUGCACCCGAAUGAUAUGCGGGCCCACUUUCUAUGUGUCCAAAGUAGAAGACUAACAUAUAAAUGACGUUAAAGCUCCUAAACAGAGCAGAAAUCUUUUAUCAGAAAAAAUGGGCAAGGGACCUAAUUUUUUGGGGAAAUAAAAAAAAAAGAAUACGAGACACACAUUAGAAACGGAUAAAUUCUGUAAUGACAGAUUGUGCGUAACAGUUGUUGCUUGAAAAUCUUCCCAGGGCAGGCCAAAAGUAGAUGUUUUGGACUGGAGAUUACAUUUCUUCAUUGCAUUCACCGCAAGCUCCACCGAGACAAACGCUUCCACUAAAGGGGUCACUAUUGGGGCCAGAUGUAUGCAUGCCAACUGGUCAUGGCCACUUUAGGAUUGAAAUAAUGAAAGUUUGGGCCCAUAGAAAUGCAUGGACACUGGCCAGGACUUUCAGUCGAGAUCGAAUUAACCAAAAAAUUUAAUUAACCGGAGUCUAAUUAACGGAAGUAUACUCUAUAUGCUUAUAACAAAUAUUGGAUAUAACAAAAGUAUUUUCGUGUUAGAUGAGACUUUGUUAUAAUGCAGUUGAACUAUGUAAAAAUAAAAUACGAAAUUAAUUUUGCCUGUAUAGAAAGAAAUACUUGGCUUAGACGCGAGUAAAUAUGGUAUGCAAAUUUGUUGAGAGGUGUGAUGGCUCUUCCUUUCAUGGUUUAUUGAAAGGCAUUUAUGCCGUCAGCCUUGAGCACUGCUAUGUAAUUUCAGCUGCUGCUAAUAAGCAGUGGUAAAGUUAGUUUGCAGGACGAAAGGCAGAUUUGCUGUCACGAACAAGUGAAAUGCAAAUAGGAAAGUACAAAAUAGAACACCUCUCACAAGUAAUAACUUGAAGGUGCAAAAAAAGGCAUGGGCCCAGGCCAAGCAUGCAAGGAGAAACACUGCCGACGUCACACAAUGUAACAAAUGUGAAAACAAAAGACUGUGUUCUAGUUAGCUUUAAUUUGUUUACAGAUCAUUUGUCUACAAUAAUAAAGAUGCAUUUGGCACUGCACUUGCGCGUUCAUUUCGGCACCUCCCUUUGCAACAUUCGGGAAUUAUUCCCAUUUAGUAACAGUGGAGCAUUUUCACUAUGGGGGGGGGGGGGCAGCCUUGCAUCAAACUUUUCAAAGGGAUCUUUGGAAGGUUUCGAUUAGUUUUUAAUCAGAGAAUGAAAAUGUUUCAGUGCUCCUGCAGUGUGCAUGCUUCAGCGAAACAGCUCCACAUUCUUUAAGCGGCCUCUUCAACCAUGGAAGUUCGUAGUUCAGUUUCCCAUUUUCCUUGUAUUUGGUUGCAGUUCACAUAAAAUCAAGUGCAAGUUAUAGUCAUGUGUAGAAAAAACGGCAAUGGUAAAAAUCAGGUCACAAUCGGUAAUCAUGCUCAUAAUAAUUAAUAAGUUAAAAAGGCACUGUCGCAUGGAAGCUGAUCAUCCUCAACCAGACAAGCUUUUGGCAAAUACUAGAAUUCAAAAGUGAAAAAGCUACUGCAGUGGAGGCUGUGUGUCAGUAUACUUGCAUUUGAUACCCUAAUAUGAAGGCAAGCUUCCCGGCAGGUUCGGUGGCCAACAAAAGGCAGCAAGCUUCCCUUAAUGUGAGAGAACAACCUCACUUCUUUAAAGCUAGCUCAUUAAUACGUAGUGCAAUCUUCUGUGUGCAUGUGUGUGUGUGCAACCAUUACAGGGUACCUUUACGUGCCACUGGUCUGUAGCUUGUAGUCAUUAGAUCUCGAUGACAGGACCUUUAGUCCCUAACCUUCAUUGAAAACGAGCGCAUUUGGUGAACGUGAGUCACUAUACUUUUGGUUCCUCAAGAGCAGUUAUGCCUACUCCUACCUUCACCAAACUGGCUGUAUCUGACACUCUUAUAUGAAGUGACACGUGACCUGACUAGGAGAAACAGUUUUGCUUUUCAUGAUAAGAAUGAAUGCUUACUGUAUGUAUGUGUGAAUGCAAAAAUGGUGGAAUUAAAUGUUAUGUAAAACUCUUUUUACAUAGCAACACGUGUCUGUGUAUGUGUAUUUGAAGUAAAAUAUAUCAAUUAUACAAAAUAUA